AUGGACAGAAUCAGUGGCUUAGCUGAUGAAUUGCUUAUCAAGAUAUUAUUGUUAGUUCCGACAAAAGUUGCUGUAUCCACUAGCAUUCUGUCGAAACGUUGGGAGUACCUUUGGAUGUGGUUGCCUAAACUUGAGUUCGGUCAUCGUCAUUCUUCACCCUCUGAAUCCAAGAGUUUAGAGUGUUUUCUUGAAAGAAAUCUGCCAUUACAUAGAGCUCCGGUUAUAAAAACCUUGCGUCUUGACUUGGAUUCAGAUUUUAAAUCUGAGAAUAUCAAGAUGUGGGUUAUGGUAGCAGUUUCUCACUGCAUACGUAAGCUAAAGAUUGUUUACAGUUCUUAUCCGGAGAAGCCCAACAUAUUGCCGAGUAACUUGUAUACCAGUAAAUCUCUCGUGACCUUGAAACUCCAAGGUGAUAUUCUCUUGGAUGCUCCUCGAAUGGUUUCUCUUCCCUCUCUCAAGAUUUUGCAGCUUACAGAAGUGAGAUACUCCAGUGAAGAAUCUUUUCAACGGCUUCUAUCUAAUUCCCCAGUUCUUGAAGAUCCAUCCGUGGAAUUAAAUUGUGACACACACGCCAUGGGAAAGUUAACUGUUGUUGUGCCACCUUUGCAGCGUUUAUCACUCUAUAUACCCGCUGAUUAUGAGAUAGUUGGGGUAGUGAUAAAAACUCCUUCUUUAAAGUAUUUUAAACUUAUAGAUUAUAAUACAGAGAGUCACUACUAUUUGAUUGAGAACAUGCCUGACCUGAUCGAGGCACAUUUAGAUGUUGAAUUCCCUAACAUCGAGAGUCUCAUGGCAUCAGUCACAUCUGUCAAGCGUCUUGCAAUAUGUUCAGAGGCUAUGUAUGGUGAAGGUGUUGCCUUCACCCAGCUUGAACAUCUGAAGCUAUGCAGCUGCAAGGAGCAUUUGCCGAAUCUGCUCUUCCGGCUGCUCGAAGAUUCUUCAAACUUACAAGUACUAAAGAUUUUCCACAUGAGUACUGCUCAUGAACUCACUGGAAUGGGUUACUUGAAUCUACCAAGUACUGUUCCUGAAUGCCUUUUUUCGAGUCUGCAAACUCUCAACUGGUGGGGAUACAAAGGAACACCGGAGGAGAGAGAGAUUGUAGUUUAUAUCUUGCAAAAUGCUCAUCACUUAAAGACUGCAGCAAUCACGUCUUUUGAACAUGAGGUUCCAAAGUUUGAGAUGAUUAAGGAGUUGGCACAAUCUUCUAGAGCUUCAGCUACAUGCCAGCUCAUGUUCCAUUGA